GGAUGAGGAAGUCGUGACGCUGAACACGCGGGUGUGGCCGCUUGGCCGUUACCUCAUCAGCCUCUCUGAAUGAGGAAGAAGAAGCCUCGUGGAUGAUGAGGGUGAAGAGGAUGAAGCGUUGGCGCGGGCUCCCUCACACAAUGGACACUAAGAUUCACUUGGCUUCCCUUGUCUUUUUGCUGUCUGCAUUGUUAAAUGUGUCGAGGGCUAUCACCCCUGAACCUUUCACUCCAACGUCUGGAAAAGGACAGGAGCUCACUAGUGCCGCUGACGUUUUUGUGCUCACCGUAAACCAGACCAUCAUCUCCCUCAAUCCCGUGAACUUCAGCACCACCGGACCAGAAACAAGCACCUCGACGGGUGUUUCAAUGCGAUUUUCCAGUGAGGGAACAACAGAGCGCCUAAGACAGCUGACAUCCACACCAGCCACAUUGACAUCCUCCCCAACCAGCACGAAGAAAACCACUGAAAAUGGGACCCAUCAACCUCCUGCCUGGGAUCCAAUUUGGGAUCGAGAUUUCACAUAUGAUUAUUGGUCCCUGCAAGUGACUGGACUGUCCAUCGCCGGAGUUCUCUUCCUGAUCGGCCUCUUGGUCUUCGGCUGUGGUAAGGGCUGUCGGCUUCCCAAGUGUCGCAAGAGGUCAUCUAAGUCUUAUAGAGUGGAGCAAAGAAAAUCAGAGAUAUUGUCAUAAAAGUCUAUAAGUCGAUAGACCAACAAAUUAGUGGAGCUGGUCGUACAUUUCAAAUUGACAUGAAAGGAAAUGAGUUCACAAAGCAAAAAGUGGUACUGAAUUUGUUUAAUAUUUCUUUAUUGACCCACAAUAAAAUAAAAAUAAAAACUGAA